CGGUGUGCGUGUGUGGCGAACAGACAGACAACUGUUCGUGGGGAGACGCUGUCAACGUUAGAGACACCCUCAUCUACGCGUCGCAGCCCGAUCUCAACAGAGUUCUUGUCAUCGGUCUACACGACAGAGACGUCAUGGAGAUUGUGCUGACGGACGCUACACCUGUGAAGCUUCGUUAUGUGGAGCACCUGGACCAGGUGUGGGUUCUGUGUUGGCGCGGCCGUGACGAUGCUGGCUCCAAGACGCUUCAGGUGAUCCGCAACGCGAGCGAGCAGCUGCUGCACCACACCGUGCACACGGAACCAGUCAGCGACCACUUCGACAUGAUACAGGACGUGUUUCUGCCGCCGGCGCAGGAUCUGUCACACGAGUGGAGCCAUGGUUACGUGACGCACCAGGCACAGAGAGGAAUGUUCAAGCUGAACCUUGCCAAGCUGAAGUACGCAUUCACACCGUCGACGCUGAACGCUUACAACUGUGAACCAUCACAGGCCUGCGGCCAUUCGCCAUCCCUAAGGGGCACGGUGUAUCGUUGACUGUCAGGUCCCCGGCCAGCCUGGCACAUCCAGUCAGAUGGUCAUGGACUACCUCACCGACUCCGUCAUCUCCAUGGAACGCCACCCAUCCAGGGGGCCGCCGUUUGGUCGCGCCGGACAGAACACGCCAUCCUUGUGACCGUCAACACGUGACGGGAGAGGUCAAAGUUCAGAUGAUCACCGAGAACGGAAUCCAAUAUCUGUUUGACAUUCGUACAACCUUGUCCAUCUCCGGGGUCGAAUUCCACCCGUCGCAGGAGAGCGACAGCUACGACCUCUAUUUGACCUCCGUCGAGAAGGGAGACGUGCUGUUCGUUUCCUUGACAACGGGCGAAGUGCAGGCGAUUUCCGGUGUCGGCUCCAUCGACGACCCCCACGCCCCCUGGCAGCUGAACAGACGCGUUAUCUCGUCGUCCGGUAUCUUCGGUCGUUACCUCGUGCUGCCGACGCACGCGGGACUGUUCGAGAUCGACACCGCAACGCAGAAGCUGAAGUGUGAGAUCGGACUCGUGCAACACGGCAACACGAUCGUCUGGGCGAACGAGGUGUAACCACGGCAACGCGAUCGUCUGGGCGAACGAGGUGUAACCACGGCAACGCGAUCGUCUGGGCGAACGAGGUGUAACCACGGCAACGCGAUCGUCUGGGCGAACGAGGUGUAACCACGGCAACGCGAUCGUCUGGGCGAACGAGGUGUAACCACGGCAACGCGAUCGUCUGGG